CAGGUGGCAUUCUGACAUCAGCAGAGCCUGGGAUCCUCUUCAGAACUAACAAGGAGCCUCUAGAGCAGACGUCCGAAAAGAAUGCAGACCCCAGCCAAUUCCAAGAGCAGCCACGAUGUCCUGGAGCUGAAGAGUACGACGCCCCCCCAAGCAGAGGGCUACAGCAACAUGGGCUUCCAGAAUGAAGACGACUUUGGUGAGAGCCAGAAAAUGUCAGGAAAUAACUCGCUAAGGUGUAGAGUUACGCAAAACGGAGAACACAAAACCGCGACGCAGGACGAAGAGCAAGUCACCAUUGAGCAGGAUUCUUUAAGAAACAAAGAAGAUGAGGCGGAUGACCCAGAGACACAUCAAAAAGGAUAUCUGGAAAGGAAAUAUGAUACAGUUUGUGAUUUUUAUAAGAAACACAAAACUACCCUUUGGUACAUCAUCUGGGGCAUCUUAAUACUAGGUUACCUGGCGAUGGUGAUUGCAGCUUGUGCGCUGAACUUUCAGAGAGCCCUUCCCCUUUUCGUGAUCACCGUGGCCGCCAUCUUCUUUGUGGUCUGGGAUUAUUUUAUGGCCAAAUAUGAGCAUCGAAUCGAUGAGUGCCUGUCUCCUGGCAAAAGGCUCCUAAAAAACCAGUGGUUCUGGAUGAAGUGGGUGAUUUGGACCUUACUGAUCCUGGGAGUUAUUUUCUGGCUGAUCUUUGACACCGCCAAAUUGGGUCAACAGCAGCUGGUGUCCUUUGGUGGCCUCAUAAUGUAUAUUAUCCUGAUAUUUUUAUUUUCCAAGUACCCAACCAAAGUUUACUGGAGGCCUGUCUUUUGGGGAAUUGGGUUACAGUUUCUUCUCGGGCUCUUAAUCCUAAGGACUGACCCCGGAUUUAUGGCUUUUGAUUGGUUGGGCCAACAAGUUCAGACCUUCUUGGAAUACAGUAACGCUGGUGCUGAAUUUGUCUUCGGCGAGACAUACGCAGAGCACUUCUUUGCAUUUAAGGUCCUGCCAAUCGUGAUUUUCUUCAGCACCGUGAUGUCCAUGCUCUACUACCUUGGCCUGAUGCAGUGGAUCAUUAGAAAGGUUGGAUGGAUAAUGCUAGUUACUAUGGGAUCAUCUCCUAUUGAAUCCGUAGUUGCUGCUGGCAAUAUAUUCGUCGGACAGACAGAGUCUCCACUGCUAGUUCGACCAUACUUACCACACGUCACCAAGUCUGAACUCCAUGCAAUCAUGACCGCUGGGUUCUCUACCAUUGCUGGAAGUGUCUUAGGUGCAUACAUUUCUUUUGGGGUUUCACCCUCCCACCUGUUAACUGCCUCAGUCAUGUCUGCACCCGCAUCAUUGGCUGUGGCUAAACUCUUUUGGCCUGAGACAGAAACACCUAAAAUAACCCUCAAGAACGCCAUGAAAAUGGAAAGUGGCGAUUCAAGGAACCUCCUAGAAGCCGCAACACAGGGAGCAUCUUCAUCCAUCUCCCUGGUGGCAAACAUAGCUGUGAACCUGAUUGCCUUCCUGUCCCUGUUGUCUUUUGUGAAUGCGGCCCUGUCCUGGUUGGGAAACAUGUUUGACUACCCUCAACUGAGUUUUGAGAUAAUAUGCUCCUACAUCUUCAUGCCCUUUUCCUUCAUGAUGGGAAUAGACUGGCAAGACAGCUUUAUGGUUGCCAAACUCAUAGGCUAUAAGACAUUUUUCAAUGAAUUUGUGGCUUAUGAGCACCUCUCAGAAUUGAUCCGUUUAAGAAAGGAGGCCGGACCCAAAUUUGUAGAUGGCGUGCAGCAAUAUAUGUCGAUUCGUUCGGAGACAAUUGCCACCUAUGCUCUCUGUGGCUUUGCUAAUUUUGGUUCCCUAGGAAUAGUGAUCGGUGGACUCACAUCCAUGGCUCCUUCCAGAAAACACGAUAUCGCUGCAGGGGCAAUGAGAGCGCUGAUCGCGGGGACCGUCGCCUGCUUCAUGACAGCCUGCAUUGCAGGGAUACUCUCCAGCACCCCCGUAGACCUCGACUGCUAUCACCUUUUAGAGAAUGCCUUCAACUCCAGUCCACCUGCAAACACAACCGAUGUGGUAACUUGUUGUCGAACUCUAUUGAACAGCACUAUUGUCAACGGCCCUGGUGACAUCAUCCCAGGAGGAAACCACAGCUUGUCUUCUUUAAGGGGCUGCUGCACAUUGUUGGCUCCACCAAUGCUGAACUGCACUUGGAUCCCUGAUGCACUUUGAGUUCACCUACUCCUCCAAUGGAACUCUAGGAGUCAACCUAUUCUAUCACAGAAAGCCUACUCAUGCAGGAUUUGUUUCUCUUCCAGCUGACAGGACUGGAAAAUGGCACUACCUUUUGGUCAAAAAGUCACUUAAAGACCAUCUGAGGAAGAAAAAUAAGUCCUGGUUGAGAUCCAAAACAUUCCACCGAUACUUCCAUUGACCAGGAAAGCAUCAGCAUCAAAGCUGCUUAGUAGGAAUCAGAGAAGAACCUUCCUUAAUGGGUUCUGAGAUAUAACAUGUGUCAAAAGAAAAUUCUGGAGACAAUGGCAGGGUACUCUUUAAUGAAAUGCUCAUCACCAAUUCUCUUAAUAGCCCCAAGACCACAUUGUGUGAGAAAACACAAACACCAAUGACUGAGUCAAAAGGUGAUUCACAAGAAAGAAAAAAAAAUGUGAAAAAGUUUUGGAAUACCUUAGGUAACUUAUUUUAGUUAUGUUUUCUUUCUUGUUCAUGCACAGUUUUUUGAAAUGUAUAUGUAAAUAGCUGGUGUGUGUGUGUGUGUGUGUGUGUGGCAGCAGAGGAAAAGAAUGAAGUUAAAUGCCCAAAGGAUGCUUUUUCUCUAAAGUACAAUAUACUAGGAUAUUUCUAUUGAUCAUUUGUAUCAAAUUUUCUUGGAAUUCAUGUGCCCUUCCAAUGUUUAGAUUUUAUUUUAGGAAAGUAUAUUUACAUGUCUUUUCUCUAUGUUCUUUGUGUCAACCUUCAGAAAAGCCUGUGACAAUAGCAUGCCAUGGUGCUGGUUAUUCAUAUGUUGGUUUUUGUUGGUCUGCCAGGGCUAUUCUCUUUUUCUCUUUUUAAUUCUUUACAUCUAUUUUAUUUUAUACUUGAGUCUCUCUAAGAGGAUUUCUGUGCUAUUUCUAAUGUGCUUCUGUAACCAACUCAUUUUCAAAUUCUGUCUGUUGCAAUUACUGUUCUUUGGAAGUUUGUAGCUCUUCUCUGAGCUCUUUCAUUUCAAGGAAAACUUAAUAAUUACUGUCCUGUUUUUAAGUUUCCUUCUUUUUUCAACUGCAGAAAGUAAUAUCCAUUUCUAGUAAAAAGUCACACACACACACACACACACACACACACACACACCUUUCUUCAAACAUAUAUAAGAGCAUGGAGGAUUUAUUGCUUCUACAGAACUAGAAUGAAUCGACUUAAACAUCAUGUACAACUUCUUUUCACUUGGCAACAUACCUUGGACAUUUCUACCAAGUCAUA